CGAGAAUUCCGGAGACAUUCUUGCACGCAACGGUAGAGGAAGGUCGGUGCCAUGUUCGUUUGCGGGUUCCUAGUUUUCUGCCUGAUUGCGCGAGUUUCUUGCAAACCAAUUGUGAACGGUGUUGAGAUAGAUAGUGACGAAAUUCUGGAAUACUCAUACAUGAGCUCCUUACAACAUCCCAAGGCAAUUGCUUUGCGUGGUGGCUUCAAGCACUUUUGCGGAGGAGCUAGGAUCCAUCCUAACUGGAUUUUAACGGCCGCCCACUGUUUAGAUGGCAAGAAUUCGGAUGGAGUAGUUGUAGUCAUCGGAGAGAAAGUGGUGGACUCGCAAAAUGACACACGUUAUAAUGUGACGCAAAUUCAAUCCAAUGGAUACAAUAAAUACACCUUGCGGAAUGACAUUGCUCUGAUAAAAGUAGCUUCAGACCAUUUAGAUGUGAAAAUGCUGCCCCUUUACGAGGGAGAGAUUCCCUACGGACAAAAAUGUAAAAUCAUUGGCUAUGGGGCCACCGAAUAUACUGGGAAAACUCCAAACCCCUUGAGCGUGGCGUAUGUGAACUUGAUCACUAAUGACGAAUGCACAGACAUCAUGGGACGAAUUAUGGGACCUCGGAUGGAAAAUGUUUGUGCUUUGAGUAAAGGAGCAAUGGACACUUGUCAGGGUGAUUCGGGUGGACCCCUUAUUUGUGAGAAGGAUGGCAAAGAGUUUGUUGUGGGUAUAACUUCGCGAGGAUCUGGCUGUGGCAUUCCCGGUGUGCCAAGUUUGUAUACUUUAGUUGAACCUUUUAAAGGAUGGAUAAACGAGACUGUUCAGAGAUUGUGAUGUGUAUAUAAACUGAAACUGAUCGAAAGAGAAAUGGAUU